AUGGAAAAUUCGUUCUGUGUUAAGUCUUUUUUAAAAGAUUUAGGGCUCGAAGAGUACUGUGAGAGGUUCAUUAACCAAGGAUAUGAACAAACAAGUGAUUUAUUCGGACUGUCAAAUCAAGACUUAAUAAGCUUAUGUAUACAAAAUGAAACACACAAAAAAGCCAUCCUCAAAGCCGUYGACGAACUUCCAGUCAAGCUAUGGCUAGAAGAACACAASUUAAAGCAAUACCAACAGUCUUUUGAAGACGAGGAUUUAAAAAUCCUAAAAGACGUUAGACUGAAGUUAAAUCGAGUUACAGACUUUGAAUAUAUGCUGGAUAAAUUAGAUGUAAUGGUCCCGGGCCAUAGGAAACGAUUGUCUUUAGCUGUUCAAUCUUUGUCCAACACGUGCAUGGUACAAUGUGGAUCCUCGGGCGCUGUAGCAAAAGGAAGCUGGAAAMGACCUUCGUGUGGACAUUUCGGAAAAUUACAGAAUCUUUUUCURUGUGUAAAGGGCUGUUUUAAGUCAGCAAAAGAUGAUAAACAGAGUGAAGAGUUAGAAUUCGUCGUGGAUAGUGCUAGCGAGGUUGUCACCGCUAGGCAAUCCAUAAUCAACGAUCUUGGCCUUGUCUACAUAGACCACAUUGACAGUUUUGGAAUACACACCUCAGCUAAGAUGCCAAUAUAUAGGGGCAGUCUUAGAUUAGGGGAUAGUGACUGGAUCAAUGUAGAGGUCAUGGAAGGUGACUACGAAAGUGUUGGGGCGCCUGUGAUGAGAGAGUUUCAGCACAUUAUCGAUAGGGAAACACAUCAGUGGAUUCCUGUCAGUCCAAAACAAGAAACGGCAACUGGGUCCUCGUAGCACUAUAUAUAUCUGGAUAGGCAACACGCAGCGACGCCAUUAUCUCGAACAAAGUACCUACGAGAUGGUAAACGAAAUGAAGUCCGAGCUCGCGCAUUUUUAAGCGGGUCAAGUUAUAAUCCUCAAAAUCUAGAUUCAAAUAAUUUUUCUAUUUCUGCAUAUAGGAAGUGCAAAAAUGAAAUAUUGAAGUCUUCGCAAUGGAGCAAUUCUUUAAGGUUUUGUCUACAAUGUUGUACAGGGAUCAUGCUUUUCGGGAAAUUAUAAGCAAUCGAAUUCAAAAAGUGUUUUUUUUUACUUGAGACUAUUUUCGAAAAGUUCUUGAUCUGCAUUUGCGGGCGUAAUUGGUACGUAAACGUAAAAAGUCAUUACAGAUAUCAAGCUCUACGAAAUUGUGUAAAUAAAGUCAGGUAGUACAAAGUACAGUAUUGCCGCCAUUUUGUUUUGUUUACGUUGUAUAUAAUAGCCAAUGUGUAUCGACGCCAUUUGUGCAGCAAAGCAUGGUGGUAGUUGUAGUACUCGGACUCACUAGAGACUCUAAAAAUCUCCCUGAAAGCCGUUUUUACAUCUUCUCGGUAGAAACGUUAAAACUACUUCUAUUUUUGUUUAGAAAAAGCAAAAACUUCUAAGGAGGACUGUUGUAGCCAAAAGUACAAAGACUCCUAGCAUCAUGCUUUGCUGCACAAAAUGGCGUAGGUGCACAUUGCCUAUUCACGGACUUAGGAGUCAGUUUAUCAGUGAUUGAUCACGUGUAAACGAAACCGCUAAGCAGAGGAUGACUGCGAAUCUACAUGAAAUAUAAAAUCGAUCUCUAGAUUUUAAUUCCUUUUCCACUCAUCAAGCUUGGGUUAUUCACCCACCAGUGCAUGCUGGACAGGAUUUUGACGUCAAGUAUUUUUUGACGAAGUGCAUCAUUCUUAUCAAGAUGGCAACUUAGCGUACGUUUAUAAAAAAUUGUAUUCAAAAUUUCAAAUUCAAAUUUUAUUUAGGAAAUAACUAACAUUUUUUAAACACMGAAACAAAAGCUCAGUCUGUCAUUCGUCAGUCUCAUGGUGCAUCACACUAACGUCAUCAUUGACGUCAUCAUUGAAGAACGCGCCGUCUUCCACUGCUAUUUGGUUGCUAGUUGUUGUUGUUUUUAUUUAUUUUUAGGUGUUUUUUUUUUAAUUGAAAUAGAGGAAGGAAGUCUCAAUUAUUAUUUUGUUAUUCACGAUAAAGUGCAAGAGUUCACAAAUUAUGCGCUUAUAAAAGAGGGUUUAUCGUUAUAUAUUCUAUAGGUUAUGUUAUUUAUUUUGUAUUUACAACAUUUUGGAGUCCUAUAUUUCUAUACAAAAAGGCUCUCUGUUUUUUUUUUAAUAUUAUUUGAGAUGUUUGUAUAGUAUUUUAAAAUCAUAUUAUUUUAUAUUUCUAUGGUAUAUAUGCUUUUUAAAGCUUCAUAAAAGUUUCUUAACUAUAGUAGUCAAAAAAUAGAUAUUACACUAUUAAUAUAUCUGAGAAUCAUUUUUAUCCGUCUGUGAAAUAGGAAUUGUAAAAUUAAAUAUUAUUACCCCAGCCCCUAUUAGCCAAAUACUUUAACUUAUGACAUGCAACAAACAAAAACGGUUUGAUUUUGUCUUUUAGUAGCCUACUACACCCUAGUAAUCACUAUCAAACACUGACUAGUAGUAAUUGUUUCACAGACGGAUGAAAAUGACUUUAGUACGCUCUAAUUGCAUUGUUUUCUUUUGUGUCUAUUUGACUAUCACACUUUAAUAUUCAAUUUUGUUUCACGAGUUUAAUGACAUAAAGCGUGAAAAAUUAAUAAAGCUUUUGUGUACUAUUUUAUGCUA